UGUUUAGGAAUGAAUGAAGUAAAAUCUCUUUUUGUAUUUGUUGUUUGUAAAUCUUUGGUAGUACUACUAAAAUCGGGUUAGAUUAGGUUAUUCAUUCGUCGCAUCGCAUAGAUCUAAUUAAAUCUAUGAUUCGUCGUAUCGUCGUUGUGUAUGAAUCUGUAGAAAUUUUAAUAAUAGUGUGAUUGAUAUUCUAUUUGAAUCUCCGUUUUUUUUUUUAGUUAUUUGUGAUAUUUAUUUUGUGAUAAGCUAGACUUAAAACUAUUUGAAAUGCCAAAAUCAAAAACUAUACGUAAGUGCAUUGUUGAAAAUUGUUUCAAUACAUCUUCAGAUUUAACUUUAUUUAGACUUCCAAAAGAUGAUGAAAGGUGCUCGAUUUGGCUAAAAAAUUGUAAUAGGUUGAAUCUUGCCCAUUUUUCAUCAGAACAUUUAUAUAGAAGUUACCGAGUCUGCAGUUCUCAUUUUGACGCCAAGAUGUUUGCAGGCACUUUUAGUGAUAUAGCAAAGAAUAAACUGAAGAAAAAUGCGAUACCUACUAUUAUGCCUAGACAUAGUUGUGAUGAAGAAGUAGUAAUUGCAGAAAAUCCCAAUAUAUAUGUGCCAAAUAUUCACAUACUUCUAUCCUAUACUGAUCAUUUUGCAAUUGACUUGAAGCCGAAAAGUGGGGCGACGUACCAGCGUAUUCAUACGCAUGCGUUUACUUUACGGGUUUUGAUUGGUUGA